AUGGAUUAUUCGUAUUUGAAUCAAGCGGCGGCUGCGGCGGCCGCCGGGUUCGAGGCGUCGAGCUGCGCUCUUGCCGCCGGGGAUAUGCAGUGUGGAUAUGGGGACUUGAGUUCGUGCUCGCAGAUGAGUCAGGCGGCGUAUCGGUACACGGCGGCGAGGGCCGCGGGGUAUCCGGGGAAUGCUGGCGCCACGGGGACCGCCAGCGGCCCGGGACUUGGGGCGCAUCAUGCUGGGCAUGCUCAUGCCCACGCGCAUCAUGCUGCCCAUGCGACACCCUGCUCUGUUAUGGCGGCGAGGAGUCAGGAUGUUCAUCGGCAUGCCGCCUCUAUAUUCAAUCAGUCGAUUAAUCUUCAAGGUGGCCUGGGGUACAAGCCGUACUCGGCGCACGACGGGCUCGCGGAGAAGAGGAAACAGCGACGGAUACGCACGACGUUCACCUCGGCUCAGCUGAAGGAGCUGGAGCGGGCGUUCCAGGAGACACAUUAUCCUGACAUUUACACGAGAGAGGAGAUAGCGAUGAAGAUCGAUCUCACGGAAGCCAGGGUACAGGUGUGGUUCCAGAAUCGUCGAGCAAAAUUCCGAAAGCAGGAGCGUCUGGCGCAGCAGAAGACAACGGGUCAGAGUUCGGGGGUGGGAGUUGACAGUGGCGCAUCGAGCCCAGUCUCCGGAAGUGUCAAGACUGAGGGAAGAUCGCCGAGGAGUCCCGACACACCACCGGGCACCUCCAACAAUCACCUGCCGUCCAACGACAUCAAGUCCCUCGCUAACGUUAAUUUAGUGUCCAUCAAACACAGCAAUGAUAAUCACGACGGUAAUUCACCGAAUAAUCGCGGUAGCAUCAAUGUCACAACAGCGGGAAGUGGCGGGGGCGCCUGGGGAUCAUGCAGCCCUCGACCAUUCGCAACUACUCUACCCCCUUAUCUCCUCGAUCCACUUCCCCUCAAAACUGCGAAUCUCUACUAA